AUGCGAAGGGGGGAGGAAAAGCUGUUGCUAGUGGUACCCAAGAGCAAGACCAAGACGAUUCUCGAGUUGGCACACACCCACCCCAUGGCGGGUCAUCUGGCGGCUGCAAAUACAAUUCAACGAAUCAGGGACCGGUUCCAUUGGCCUGGUCUCGAAGCAGUGGUAAAGAGGUUCUGCCAGUGCUGUCACAUAUGCCAACAGAAGUCUCCCCAGCGUCCUCCCCCCAGUCCGCUGAUUCCACUUCCGGUAAUCGAGGUGCCCUUCGAGCGUAUAGGGAUGGACCUGGUGGGACCGCUGCCGAAGUCUGCCCGGGGUCAUGAGUAUAUCCUGGUCGUCAUGGACUACGCUACGAGGUACCCAGAAGCUUUGCCACUAAGGAAGGCCACAACUAAAGCAAUAGCCAAGGAACUGUUUCUGAUGUACAGCCGCGUGGGUAUUCCUACGGAAAUACUGACUGACCAGGGAACUCCUUUUAUGUCCCGGCUUAUGGCGGACCUCUGCCACCUCUUUAAGGUAAAACAGCUAAGGACAUCGGUAUAUCAUCCUCAAACAGAUGGACUAGUCGAACGCUUCAAUCAAACCCUAAAGAGGAUGCUCCGACGGGUGGUGGCAGAGGAUGGGCACGACUGGGACCUACUCCUCCCAUAUGUAUUGUUCGGGAUCCGGGAAGUACCCCAGGCGUCCACGGGUUUUACACCUUUUGAACUCAUGUUCGGCCGACAACCACGCGGACUUUUGGAUGUCGCCCGGGACGCCUGGGAACAACAGCCAGCACCACAUCGUAGCAUGGUAGAGCAUGUUCAGCAGAUGCGAUCCCGGAUAGACAGGGUGAUGCCCCUGGUAAAAGAACAUCUCGCCGAGGCCCAGCGCGCCCAGCAAAGGUGGUAUGACCGACCGGCCCAGCCUAGGGAGUUCCAGCCUGGCAACCGGGUGUUAGUCCUGACCCCCACCGCCACGUCCAAGUUCCUGGCAUCCUGGAAAGGUCCCUAUAUGGUGGUGGAAAAGGUAGGACCGGUCAAUUACCGCCUCCGUCAGCCGAGACGCAGACGGGAAGUACAGCUGUACCACAUUAAUCUUCUAAAAAAAUGGAUUGCAUCCCCAACCCAGAUGGCGGCGUUUGCAGAGACUAAAGCACCGGUAGUACAGAUGGGAGAACAGCUGUCCCCCGUCCAAAAACAAGACAUCCAGUCCCUGGUCAGUCAGUUCAGAGAUGUCUUCUCAGAAAAACCUGGGCAGACUCGGAUAAUCCAGCAUGAUAUCCGCACACCUCUGGGGGUUGUGGUAAGACAGCGGCCCUACCGAGUUCCAGAGACUCGUCGACUGGCAAUAGAGGAGGAGAUCAAACGGAUGAAAUUGCUUGGAGUUAUAGAGCCCUCCCGUAGCCCGUGGUCUAGCCCCAUAGUUAUGGUUCCCAAACCAGAUGGCACUCUCCGCUUCUGCAACGACUUCCGCAGGGUAAACGAAGUGUCCACCUUUGACGGAUAUCCGAUGCUCCGGGUGGAUGAGUUACUAGACCGGCUGGGGAAGGCACGAUACCUUACAUCGCUGGACCUCACAAAAGGAUACUGGCAGGUGCCCCUUGCUCCAGAAGCUCGAGAGAAGACGGCGUUUAGCACCCCCUCUGGACAUUGGCAGUAUACAGUGCUGCCGUUCGGGUUACACGGGGCACCUGCCACGUUCCAAAGAAUGAUGGACAUUUUGUUACGGCCCCAUCAAGCCUACGCUGCAGCAUACAUAGACGAUCUCGUCAUCCACUCGGGGACCUGUGACACCCAUCUGGAUAGGUUGCGGAGAGUGCUAAUGGACCUCAGGAAGGCCGGCUUAACGGUAAACCCCAAGAAAUGUCACCUCGGACUCGCCGAAGCCCAGUACCUGGGAUAUAGAGUGGGAGGAGGAUUAAUCCAUACCCCCGGUGAAGAAGGUAGAAGCCGUCUGGAACGCCCCUCGACCCCACAACAAAUCCCAGCCAGUCCCCUGACCGACCUGACCAAAAAGGGGCAGCCAGACAAAGUCAAGUGGAACCCGGAAACAGAGCAAGCUUUUCAGACAUUGAAGGAAGCCCUGCCGUCAUCGCCGAUCCUACAUGCCCCGGACUUUGGUUGCCCCUUUAUCCUGCAGACAGACGCAUCGGACACCGGAUUGGGAGCAGUACUGUCCCAGCUGAAGGACGGAAUAGAACACCCAGUGGUGUACAUCAGCCGGAAGCUGACUCCAGCAGAGACACGGUAUGCUACGGUGGAGAGGGAGGCCCUGGCCAUAAAGUGGGCAGUCCUGGAGCUCAGAUAUUAUCUCCUUGGGCGAAGUUUCACCUUGGUGACGGACCAUGCGCCCCUACAGUGGAUGAGCAAAGCCAAAGAUACCAAUGCAAGGAUCACAAGGUGGUUCCUGACGCUCCAGGACUACCACUUUACUGUGAAACAUCGGGCCGGGUCCUCCCAUGGCAACGCCGAUGGUCUGUCGAGGAUGUGGUCAGGAGGGACAUCUCGGUCAGGUGACACCCCCCCUCCCCACAUCCCAACACAUUUCUCCGUCUCCCCACAGGACUAG